AUGCAGCACAGCAACCCUUCCAACAGCUCAAUCUCUCUCUCAUCUGAAACCUUGGCUGCCAGUAGUGUACUGGGGCUGUGCUUUGCACUGGGGGUCCCUGGAAAUAUAGCAGUACUAGUGCUUCUUUCUGGGUGGCUAAAGGGAGGCAGUUUCACCCCAAGGCUGAUGCUGAGCCUGGCCAUCUCAGAUCUAAUGACGCUGCUUCCACUGCCGGUGUGGAUCUCUGCUUUUCUUCAUGACUGGGUCUUUGGUUUGGGCUUGUGUAAGUUCUUCUCCUACGUGGUCUACUGGAGCCUCUACAGCAGCGUGCUGUGUGUGACUUUACUGAGUGUGCAGAGAUAUGUUCAAGUACUGCAUCCUCAGAAAUGGGCUAAGCUCAGAGCAAGAGGACAGAAUGGUCUUAUGAGUGGAAUAUGGAUUCUGAGUGGAGUAUUCGCUUGUUACUCUCUCGUUCAGCGGCGUGUAAAGUUGGAGAAGGAUGGAUGGCUGCACUGCAGGGCACACUAUCAAAAUAACACAGAGAGAGUGGCAACUUUGUUCUUCGAGACAUUGAUGAUGUUCGCUGUUCUGUUCCCCCUCCUGGUUUAUUGUUAUGUCCGCCUUCAACGCGGCGUUACUCAAUCAGCUUUCUUUAAUACUCGCAGGAUGACGAGGCUGGUGAGCAGAAUUGUGGCAGCUUUCUUCUUUUUUUGGGUCCCAAUUCAUAUCAACAACAUCAUGCUCAUAGUCGCUGUUUUACUCGGCCAGGAUCAGCUGUUGAGGUUUGCAGAAGCUGGAAGCAACAUUGCUGGAGCUCUGACUUUCAUCAACAGCUGUGUGAACCCCUUUGUAUAUGCCUUCUCUGCUUGGGCAAUAAGACAGCAUGCAUCUAGUAAAGAAAGUGCUUAG